AUGUCCUCAUCAAGAUCCCCCGCCCUUUGUUCAACUCCCCCUCGCGCACCUCCUGUUAAAUACGCUGCACCCCAUGGAACACGCUGGGAAAAAGAGAAAGCUGCUGCUGGAGGGACUAAUGCUUUUGACCUUCCUACAGACCCUAAAUUCAUCGGGCCAUGGAUCAUUGGUGAAUGCAUCGGGAAAGGUGCUUCAGGUCGUGUCAAGAUCGCAAAACAUCGUGUUACUGGUCAACUCGCUGCUGUCAAGAUACUCCCAUUGGCUCCUCUUGUCAACUCUCGUAUCAAUGCUACCGCGGAACAACAAGCUAAAACGGAAAAACAGCGUCUUGGAAUUGAUAGGGAAAUCACCAUGAUGAAGUUGAUGAAUCACCCUAACAUCUUGCGCAUAUACGAUGUAUACGAAGGCACCAAGGAGCUCUAUCUUGUUCUAGAAUACGUUGAAGGGGGGGAACUCUUUGACUUUCUUGUCAAUCGCGGCAAACUUUCACCUGCAGAUGCUCAGGCUUUCUUCAAACAAAUAAUCCUAGGUCUCAACUAUGCACAUACGUUCUCUAUCAUCCAUCGUGACCUCAAGCCCGAAAACAUUCUCAUCGCCUCUCUUGAUCCUCCGCUCAUUAAAAUUGCUGACUGGGGUAUGGCAGCAUUCGCUCCCCCGACAUUACAACUGGAGACCAGCUGUGGCUCACCGCAUUACGCGUCACCAGAAAUUGUUAACGGAGAGAGAUAUCAGGGUAAUGCUACGGAUAUCUGGAGUUGUGGGGUGAUCCUUUUUGCCUUGUUAACGGGAAGAUUACCGUUCGACGACAAGAACGUCAAGGCUUUGCUGGCCAAGGUGAAGGUCGGAAAGUACGAGCUGCCACCGUGGGUAGAUCCAAUGGCCCGAGAUCUUUUACAGAAGAUGUUGGUGGUCGACUCGAAGAAGCGAAUCAUGAUCCCGGAUAUUCUCCUUCAUCCUUGGUUGACUGCGGCGUUUCCACCUGCUCGUACCAGCUCUGCACCCUUUCCGAAUCCGAUAUACCCCCCUUCACCAAGUACUCUCGCGCGUCCCAUAGCAUCGCCGUCCCUAAUCGACCCGGUCAUCUUCGCUUCGCUCUGUGUCAUAUGGGGCCGACACACCGACAAGGAUGGCGGAAACAUUCGAAAAGACUUACUCUCUCCAGAAGGUGAAGGGACCCACGCCAAAGCAUUCUAUUUCCUGCUAGGCAAGUUUAGGGAGGAGCAAGAAGAGGAGCGUGAUGCGAAGGAAGGGACGGCCAACGAUCAAGAGAACUGCGAUACCAAGGGAGCGAGCAAGGGCCUGGGGGAAUCUCUGACGUUCAACCUAGGAUGGGAGUUGCCCGCUGAGACUGUUAGACAUUCUCAACACCCGAGACUGAGGUCUUGCAGCGCUCAAUCCCCGUGCAAUUCGAGAUUCUUGGAGUCUAAGUCCCCGACCGCUGUUGUGCAGACGUCCCUUACACAAAGGAAAGCUUCGUUUGAAGUGAAUAACGUCCCCUCGGCCCAUAGGAGGGGUUCCACCCACUCCAGUUCAAACUCGGCAGGAUCCCCUCCAGCUAGUGGUGCCACCAGGGAGGCGACGUCUUCCACAGCUGUACGGUCGGCUCAUCCGCAACUGCAGCGUGCGAAGACACACUGGCCCAGACAACGAAACGGCGAUGCAACCGCCUCCACACAACCCUUAGGAGGAGCGUCAACGGCAGCAAUAAUCUCUGACAAAGCGGUGACAGCCUCGAAUCGGCCGAUCAACCAGUCAAUGGCAUUGCCUUGCCCUGCCAUGAACGACGAGCCGCCUCGUCUCCCUCUUCUUACGGAGUUGGAACCUCAGGAAGUUCGUGGCCGAGCAGUGUCCGUGGUUGCCGCUGCUGGUAAACCCUGUGUACUCAGCAAGGACCUGGAAAGUGCAAACGGUGAGGCAUAUUGGAAUUCAUGUCUCGAUUCCUCGGAGAACAAACCGGAGUCCAAGUCUCGCAAUCGCGCGACCUCGCUUGCCGCAGGGAAUAGAGAGAUGUCUUUGCCCCUCGAGACACUAAAUGAAGUCCAGCAACCGCCUAGAUCUCGAGCACCUUCACUUGUGCACUCUGCUGAUAAGGAGAACGCAAGGACGAGUGGGAACAACAAGAAUGGAAAAGUGGAGGAUGCGAGCUUUAACGCAGUCCGAAGAAGUUUGGCACUGUCCAAAAAGACAAAGCUUAGGCCUCCCCCGCUCGACUUUCCUUUCCCUACUCUGGCUCGCAAACGCUCCACAAUCGAAGUUGCUCCAUCGAAUCAACCACUUCCCUUGGGCUCGAGAAGUCAACAAGUUGCGGGAGGGUCCCAGAACCAAUAUCAGAGCCUAUACAAUCAAUUUAACUGCACACCCACGGCCUCGACUUCUAAAAGCCCCCUGAUAUCGCCGAAGUUCCCACCUCUGUCUUUCUCUCCUAUAACUGGACCAGGGUCACCAAAAACACCAGGAUGGCUGUCAAAUCUCUUCAGUGGAUGGAAGCUGUCUUCCGGUGAAGAGGAGAUGAGAAUGUCCUCCUUUGGAGAUGUUCAACGGACGAAGGCAGAUAUUGUCGAUUUGUUAGAGCAAAUGGGUGUCGAUAUUCAGAUCGCUGCAGGUUCUGGUGCCCAGCAAUAUGUCGUGCUGAAAUGCGGGUAUCGCGAAAGAGUAGUGGGUGAGGAUACAUUGCCAGUAGAAGAGGGAAUGGGCAACUUGAAGCCUGCUCGGUUUAGGGUUGAAAUCUUUACCCGAUCUUCUGUUGCGUCCUACCAGUUCUUAAGUCCCCCGAUCAGCCCGCUUCUCAGCCCUCCCCUUGGCUGCGCAAGCACCAGGACGUCCUGCGAUGCACCCUCGGCUUCAAAUGCUUCUAGCCCGGUAACAGGGUCCUACUUCCUGCAAGGCGCUGGCCCAAGGUCGCGGAGUACCACAUCGCCAUUGCCAAGUCCUAUGUUGAACUCCAAACUUUGGGGCGUCAACGACGUUACGGACGGGAAUCCACCUACAGUUGUGGUCAUGAGGCAUGAGAAGGGAUCCAAUGUCACGUCGAGAGUUGUGUGGAGGAAGAUUCGGGACGCGCUGUACGGGUCUGUCAGUCAUGGUAUCCCAGGAUUAAACACUGGAUGGACUCCUAGCCCUGGAUGGGUUGUCGUUGACGGAGGAAAGGCUUAGUUCGAUUGUUCAGAGGAAGGCGAAGAUAUUACAGCUACCGUAGCUCGUUCUGUAUUUCUAUUUCAUAGAUUUGUACUUCCGAUAUAAUGUCCAAAUACCUAUGGCACUCUCACACCGCUACUUGUAUGUAUAUUCACACUAUACUCAGUAAACUAAAACUGAUCUCACUGGGACGAUAGACCAAUAAACGUAGUGUUCAAAAUUCAAUCAACACCUUCAUCGCAUUAUGCUUCGCUGCCGCUGCAAAUGUUUUAUAGGCGUUCUCCAUAUCCUUGAAUUCGAAGGUAUGAGUGACGAGACCUGUAGUGUUCAGUUUACCUGCAUCCAGCAACUUGAUAAGCAUAGGUGUAGUCGUAGCAUCGACAACCCGUGUUCUUAGGG